UAGGGGGAGGUCUGGUGUAUAUGCCUGAAUCAUCGUACGUCACAAGUUCCUUUUACAGCUAAGGCUAAGUAACAGUUGUCGAAUCCUUAUUUAGCUGCGAGUAUAUCGUCUUCGAUUGGACUUGCCCUCGCUCAUCAUCCAUCUGAAAUAGGUUACAAUCUUCUUCUUCUAAUACAAUGGUGUUUUUCGGCAUAUUUUUGCUUGGCGGAAGGUAAGUCAUCCAUUCUCAUCAUCCCAUUAUGCAUGCAGAUUUUGCACUACCAGUGAUUCUCAUCUGGCGUCUUUACGCCUUAUACAACCAAUCGAGGACCCUACUUUAUGUUCUACUGGGGUUGUUCCUGAGUAUCGUCGCACUCUAUAUAGCGGUGGAUAUAUAUUUAUAUAGUCGACCCUCAGCGUUCUCAGUGGAAGAAAUAAUAACACCUAACACCAAGUACUGCGUGGCGUCCUUCCACAUGGGACCUGUGGCUGCGAUCUCUGCUUCCAUCCCCAUCAUAUGCUUUGAUAUCUUCCUAGCGGUUCUUGCAGUUUUCAUUCUCAUGAAACACCUGAAAGAACGGAAGGAAGUCAAAAUGAGGCCCAACACCUACGUGGUAAUGAUCGUGCGAUAUCAUAUCAUAUACUUUGUCCUUAAUUUGGCAAGUCAGCUAUUCUCGGCGAUAUUAUGGGCCAACCUUCCGAUGGCAGUGUUGAAUCUGGUAUUGAUGUUCAAUAAUAGUGCGCCAUUUAUUAUCGCACCCCGUCUGAUCAUCAGCAUCUGGGAUACGCAUGCCAACGACAUUUGUGUACAUGUCAGUACGACGUUCGCAGACUGUGUAUGUUGGACCUCGCCACCGAGAUUCGGCGAGCACGAGAUGGACUGCCGUGCAUGAUGGCUCCAAAAUGACGAUGAAGGAAAAUUUGAGGUAGAGUGAGGUGGUCAUGGCCCUCAGACCCAUGUUCUUCUUUCAAGGCGCGCUGUAGCAGCUUCCAGCACAUUUUUCAGCCUA